AUCAUUUCUCGAUGUUUUCGUAGUUUUACUCAUCACAGCUUGGUGUGAAUUUUCCGUGUGAUUUCUCAGUAUUUGUAAGGAGGAAAAAAAAUAAAAACUACGUACUACAUUACAAACCUUGGGCGUUGCCACUGACAAUUGAUCGCUGACAGUAUCGGCUGUGCAUUCAGUUAAAUCUUGUGUGUGACAUUGGUGCCACCGUGUCACGUUUGACAUUCCGGUAAAACGAAACAUAUUCUACACUUUGGGGGAAUAACAUAACUAGUGAUUUGAAAAAUGAAGGCUCACAACGAUAAUUCGGAUCCAUGGACUCCAAACUCGCAGGCAGCUCAAUUGCCUUCUUAUUCAGAGGCAGUGGGUGCUAGUGCUCCGUAUCCAACAGCCGGGCAUUUACCUCCACAUCCAACUCAACAGCCACCGUAUCCAACAGCAGGACCUCCUCAUCAUAUUCCCUAUCCAACGCAUCAACCACCGUAUCCAACACAAGUGCCACAUCCAACACCUCAGAUCUACGCCGAACAGUUCACCGAUUUUCCACAGCCAGCGACUCAGUAUCAAACUCAGUACCAAUCGGAUACUACUCCAGUAAUCCAUCAUCCAGCGACACACAUUCAGACCGUCGUGACAUCCUCACCACAUAGAAAUAGAACGACGGCUAUAAUAUUUGCGAUAAUACUUGCCAUAAUUGUCAUAGUUACAAUCAUAAGAUUGAAUUCCUUACUGCGGUGGAAAUCACAUUCAUAGGUGAAUGGGAUCAAUGUAAUGUACGUACUAUUUUACUGUGCGAAAUUCAUGGAUUUUCCAAUUGGACAGUGAACAAACAGCAAAUCAAAGCAGAUUCUUUAAACUUGUGAUUCAAACUUUUCUUACAACAAACAACGCAUGAUGGUAUCCAAUGAAAAAAUGUGUAUGGCUCUUUGUUUUAAGUGAAACUAUCAUAAGUAUUAUAAUUCAAAUGGAAGGAUUUCUUAAGGGAGAAGUAAAAAAUACAUGAAAAAAAAAACCUUUUCCAUCAACCCUUCAUUUACUUUUUCCGCUGCCUCCCAUUCUUCAACGUAAAUCGUAAAACUCGAAUCUUCAACUCUUUGCUGCUGGGCUUAGCCUGAAUACGAAGAAGCUCUAACUCAAGACUUUUUUACCCAAGGGAAUAGUGUUUGAAGAAGAAGGGAGAGUGCAUUACGGACAUUAAAGAUGUACCCAGUGUCAUCGUUAUACAUUGCUGCCCGACUGACUAUAAGUAAAAGGUGCCAUAUUUUUUGCUUCCCUCUUUGUCUCUGUCAGUCUCCUUCUUCUUGUAGCUAGAAUAACAAAAAUGUCAUACGUACGUAAACGGGAACUAUAGAGUCUAGGGCCGUUGUGAAUAAAAGGUAAUGAUAAGAGUCACUGAA